CUUGGGAUCCAACAAAUCCUUCGUUGCGCCCCGCUUCCGAUGGCGCUGCGUUCUCUGGUUCGCCGCCUCUCGCUCGGUCGUCUUCUCCCGUUCGCCCCCUUGCUUCACUCUCGUAGCCAAGUCGUUGUGUUCGGCUUCGGAUCUUGAGGGUUUGGCAUGCGCCUUCGUUUGGGGCUUCGGUUGCUGCAGCAGUGUGGUUACUAAUGUCGGAACUGUAGCUGAAGUGGUGGUCUGUCAUGGAUUCCAAAAGAGAUGGGACGUCGAUCACGCCCCUGCGGACCAGUGACCGGCUCCGGCGACGGCCUAAGUACUUUGGCCGGCCUUACUUGUACUACAAGCCUAUGAUUAGGAAGAGGAUCAAGUCCAAGAGGAGGACCGCAGCUUCCCAGAUUGUGAAGAAGUUGCUGAGGCCUAGAAAUCGCUCUAUUAAGAUGCCAUCUUCAAAUUCUAUUGUAACAAACUUACGCCGUUCCACAAGAAAAAGAAAGAUGUCUAUAAAUUUAGAAGAUUAUGACACAGAUACCUCUGCAUCAGAAGAUGAUGAUUUAAUGGCUCCCAGGUAUCGAUCUUCAAAGAACAAGACAGAGCAUAAUGUUCGCCAUGACAGAGUAUCAGCCUCGCUCAGGAGGGAAAAGAUUGCAAUAACCAACUCCCUUCCUCGUCGUGAGGGAUUGCGACCUAGAAGGUCUCUCAAUGGGAGAAGAGCACAACCAUAUCAAGAAUCAGAGGAAGGUCAAGACAGCUCUGAAGACCAAAUGACCGAAGAUGAGACAGAAAAUGGAAAUGAUGUGGAUGAGGAUGCUGUCAAUGAAGAGGAUGGUGAUCUGGGAGAUGAUGUAGCAGAAUAUGAAGAUGUGGGAGAUCAAGUAGCAGAAGAUGGGGAUGAUGAAGAGGGUGAAGAAGAACAUGAUGGAAGGAAGCGAUACGACUUGCGGAACCGUGCAGAGGUUCGUAGGCUUAUUCCUGAAAAGGAAGGAAAACAAAAAUCCCAAUCCCCUCGAAAAUCACUUCAUCAGGGUGUGAGUUCUAAGAGUAAUAGAUAUCUAAGAAAAGGAGGACCUCGAGUUCAUAGACGUCAUCGGAUGUCAUUGCCUGACGAUUCAGAUGAUUCUCUUCUUGUGGAUGAAAUGAAUGAAGGUCCAUCUACUCAAUGGUUACGCAACAGAAGUGGGACACCUUGGCCCAUGGGUGGUCUAGAGAUGCAUGGCUCAACAGCUUGGGGAUUAAAUGUUGCUGCAUCUGGAUGGGGUUAUCAUGGCGACAAUAUUAGCUCGUUAACUCAAGGUAUUCAAACAGCUGGACAAAGCUCAAAGGGAGGGGCAGACAUUCAGCCGUUGCAAGUAGAUGAAAGUGUGAGUUUUGAAGACAUCGGAGGUCUAUCAGAGUACAUUGAUGCGUUAAAGGAAAUGGUGUUCUUUCCUUUGCUAUAUCCUGACUUCUUUACCAACUAUCACAUAACUCCUCCAAGGGGUGUUCUUCUUUGUGGUCCUCCAGGCACCGGGAAAACUUUGAUUGCUAGAGCAUUAGCAUGUGCUGCUUCUAAGGCUGGCCAGAAAGUCAGCUUUUAUAUGCGCAAGGGAGCUGAUGUUCUCAGCAAAUGGGUUGGUGAGGCAGAAAGACAGCUGAAACUGCUUUUUGAAGAAGCUCAAAAGAAUCAACCUUCAAUUAUUUUCUUUGAUGAGAUUGAUGGCCUUGCUCCAGUUAGAUCCAGCAAGCAGGAGCAAAUUCACAAUUCAAUUGUUUCAACAUUACUGGCUCUUAUGGAUGGGCUUGAUUCUCGUGGACAAGUUGUGCUGAUAGGUGCAACCAACAGAAUUGAUGCCAUUGAUGGAGCUUUGCGCCGCCCAGGACGUUUUGACCGUGAAUUUGUUUUUCCUUUACCUGGUUAUGAGGCACGAGCUGAAAUAUUGACGAUUCAUACACGCAAAUGGAAGGAACCUCCAUCAAAGGAGCUAAAGAUGGAACUUGCAGCUAGUUGUGUGGGCUAUUGUGGAGCUGAUCUGAAAUCUCUCUGCACAGAAGCUGCUAUCCGUUCUUUCCGAGAGAAGUACCCUCAAGUGUAUACUAGUGACGACAAAUUUGUAAUUGAUGUUGAUAGCAUUAGGGUUGAAAGGCAUCACUUUAUAGAAGCCAUGUCCACAAUUACUCCCGCAGCACACAGAGGAUCUAUUGUACACUCCAGGCCAUUGUCCUCAAUCAUUGCUCCUUGUUUACAAAGGCAUCUUCUUAGGAUUAUAGAAUGUCUGUCUGAUAUAUUUCCUUUCCUUUCAACUUUAGAUGCCAGCAAGCUCUCUGUUCUUUCAUAUGGCUCUGCAAUUCCUCUUGUCUAUAGGCCUCGUCUUUUGAUAUGUGGGGGUGAAAGUGCUGGAUUGGAUCAUGUUGGACCUGCUGUUCUACAUGAGUUGGAAAAAUUUCCUGUUCAUUCUCUUGGACUUCCAUCUCUACUAUCGGAUCCUAGUGCCAAGACACCAGAAGAGGCUUUGGUGCAUAUAUUCAGUGAAGCAAGAAGAACUACACCUUCUAUUCUUUACUUACCACAGUUCCAUAUUUGGUGGGAAACAGCUGAUCAGCAGCUUAAGUCUGUUUUGAUGACUCUUCUGGCUGAAUUACCUUCCAAUCUUCCUGUCCUCCUAAUAGGAACAUCAUUAGUACCCUUGGCAGAAAUGGAUGAAGAUGCAACUUCCAUCUUUGCUCUCUCUAACAUGUAUCAAGUAGACAAGCCAACUGCAAAUGACAGGUCACAAUUUUGGAAUACAGUGGUUGAAGCUCUUUUGUCUACCCAACUUGAUCAGUCAACAAACAAAUUGAAAGAACCCACUAAUCUUCCUCAACUCUCCAAGGCCCCAAAGGAUGCAAAUUGCCCCAAACCCUCAGAGCUUAAGGCAAAGAUAGAGGCUGAGCAGCAUGCUCUUCGCAGACUGAGGAUGUGUCUCCGAGAUGUUUGUAACAGGAUUCUCUAUGAUAAACGAUUCAGUGCAUUUCACUAUCCGGUGUCAGAUGAAGAUGCUCCUGGUUAUCAUUCUAUUGUUCAUAAUCCGAUAGAUAUCGCCACUAUGUUGCAGCGAGUUGAUUGUGGUCAAUACCUCACACGUGCAGCAUUUUCACAAGACAUUGACCUCAUUGCGUCUAAUGCUAAGGCAUACAAUAAAGAUGACUAUAAUGGAGCAAGGAUUGUAAGCAGAGCUUAUGAACUCCUGGAUGUGAUGCAAGGUAUGAUGGCGCAAAUGGAUCCAGCAUUAGUUUCAUUUUGCGACAAAAUUUCAUCACAAGGUGGCCCGCUGCACUUGGAUGGCAUGGAAGGUUUGGAUGUUCCAGGAGCACCUGUUGUUCAACUAGCUGCUGUUACAAGAACAAGUGCCAGACUCCGUAAUGUGCAGCCAGAGGUUAGUCUGGCACAAAGUUUUGAAGCAGUUAAGCGCCAAAAGAAAAACCCGGACAAUGACCAUACAGGUAGCGAGGCAAGAACCACCCCUGAACCUGAUUCUAUCAAGGACAGUUCUCAUUCACAAACUGAAGAUCAAGAUGGAAGUGCUCGUGUUCAACUAGAAGAUGAUACGAAUAACGAACAGCUGGAAGUAUCAAAGGUAUCCACCAACCAACCAAUCGCGGACGAAAACAUUGCUGAUGCAAAUAUUUCCGAACAAUUAGACACCGUGAAACAGCGGUUUAUGGAGCGAACUGAAGGCUACGGCAUCCCUGAGCUUGAGCAUCUCUACACACGAGCAAUAAAAUGUGCGACAGCAGUAGGUAGCAAACAUGGAGAAGGUGGUAAGCUUCUGGUUUUGAGGCAUCUUUUGGAAUUUGUAGAGGAUGAUGCAAAUUUUUAACUUCUAUUGUUAAGUCCCUUAAUGCAGUUCUUGUACAUUGAGCUUUUUAUAAAAUUUUCCUCCCUGAUUCAGCA